AUGUCGAAUUCUCCUGAUGGUUUUAUCAGAGAGCCCGAAGACGGACCAGCCCUCGAGGAUCCGCCAUCUCAAGGAAACCAACCCAAGUUCAUCUUCAGCGCCGAUGAAGCCUCUCUCCGCUCCAAAAAGAAGCGCAAAGACAUCGAAGGGAUUGAAGAUGAGGAUGAUGAGGAUGAUGCUAUCUCUGAACGUAAGAAGAAUCCCGGAAGGCGGAAAAUUGACAUCGAAUACAUUCAAGACAAGAGCAAGCGUCAUAUCACUUUUUCUAAGCGUAAGGCCGGAAUCAUGAAGAAAGCUUAUGAGCUAGCAACGUUAACGGGUACUCAGCUAUUACUACUUGUUGUAUCCGAGACUGGGAUUGUCUACACGUUUACUACGCCCAACCUCCAACCCAUAGUGUCUGACGAUCCGGGAAAAAGCCUCAUCUCGUCCUGCUUGAAUGAUGGUGAAGCAGAGAUUCGUAUCGAGCAGGAGGAUCCCGAAGAGGAAUCACCAACCCAUCCAGCGGGUCCGGCUGAAGAGCACGAUUUGUUGGUCAUGCCCCCAAAUCACUCAGCUCCAUCUGGCACUACGGGACAUCUCCAGCAACCAAUCAGCGAGUCUUAUCACCCGGAUAACCAAGGUGGCGCGUUAUCAAGCUCUUUAGCUACAAGUAACACGAUCCCUUACUUCCAUGAGUCUUCCGAGCAAUUGUCGCAGCCGUACAAUUCAAUCUUUAUGAAUCCAUCCGGAAUCCAGAAUGUGUAUCCCAAUCUAGGUCAAGAGAUUGGCUUGUCGGCUCCAGAUAACCUCGGCACAAUACCCAACCUCCAGAUCUGUCCUCCCGGUCCUUUAAGCUUACAAGAAAACCAAGCGAUGUUUUCGAUGGACGGUUUCAUGCAAAUGGGUGAUCCAAGCGAAAGUCGGAAGAUCAAGCGACGCAGGACAGAAACCGACCUCCGUCAACGAGCGACGCUCUCGAAUCAAAAUCCCAUCCCGCCCCCUUUGCCUAACCAAUUUCCUUUUGACGUCCAGCAUAACUGGCUCGAAGCGCCUGAUCCAAUGAAACUAGGCGCCAUCCCGGCAGGUCGAUCAACUGUUUUCGAUGCCCCACCUUUUAAUUCUGUCGUCUCGAGUUUCUUAUUGCAAGAAUCCGGUCAUUUUCACGGGCCCAUGGACUUGGAGUCUACCAAUCGAAACCUCCAAAGUCAGAUGGAGCACCACGUCGUCCUAUUCCUCGAUGCCUGUGAUCAUUACCCUUUGGGAGAUACAACACUCAAUUCAAGAAAGUGGCGCCAGGAUCUUUUCCCUCGAAAGCAACUACUCGCAGGGUGUUUGAAGUUUUUCUUCGAGGAAUAUUUGCCCCUUCUAAAACACUUGCCAUUUGAGGGCUUGGCGUCUUGUUGCGAGGAUCUACAAAAGCUAGCCCAAUUUGUGUCUAUCUUCUACGAGGAUCCGGAGCAGGCGACUGCUGAGCUAUGCGAAAUCAUCAAAAGCUCUUCGGGCGCAUACAUGCAGAGUGUUCACCUAAGUGCCCACAGUUCAACUUCUACACAAGGCGCACCAGUCACUUCUCCUCUUCCAAGCGCCUUCAAUACCAGACUGAAGUGUGCACCGAAACUCAAACCGAGGAAAGGUGUUAACAUCACCCUCAGGGGUGGCCGUCUUCAGACUGUCUUGGAGGAAUACACCGAUUGGUGUCGGAAAAAUAAAUCGAGCUGGUCGGGAAAUAAACCGAACAGUCACGUAAAAGGAUGGUUCAAAAUCGAACGAGUUCGCCGCACGUUUUGCUGUUGUGCCAUCGUCGGAGAAAAUCAUCUCGAAGGAAUCCCAGCGGUGUUGAAGAUACGCUUCCCGGCCUCGGCCAUCAAGCUAAUUCGAAAAGAAGAUAAGCUGGAGCUCGAGGUCCAAAAUUCAGAUGACGGGAGUGAGUGGAACAUUUUCAACCAUUUCAACUUUGAGCUAUGCCCAGGAGACGAGCAAGAGGAAGAGGAGACGAGCGUACUGUCGUGUGAAGGAGCGGUGGAUUCUUUGCUGCUCCAAAAGAUCUGCGAGGAAAAGAAAUUGAGUCCUCCAGAUGCGCAACGAUGGAUCGAAAACCAACGCUUGAUGAAGUUGUACGUAGAAGUUGGCGAUUUUGAUGAUGAUGGAUUCGAAAGUAAAGUGCCGCCAAAAGGCGGAAAACAAGCCUUCAGGGUCAAAAAGCCAUCAAUUGCUGGACCCAAGCCCAGCGAUUCCUCUCAAUUUGAACUGGAAGACCUAGCCAACAUGAAAGCUUUGAACUCUCCUCAUUGA